CAAUAGGCUCGUAUCGCCACCUGAACGCCAUAGAUCCAGCCAGGUUACCGAAUCGCGCUCCCCGGCUCGCCGCCCUUUCCUGUCUCGCAGUCGCAGCUCAGCAAGAAGGCCAGCCAGCGCCAUGUCGGCGCUCUUCAACUUCAACUCCUUCCUCGUCGUCGUGCUGCUGGUGAUCUGCACCUGCACCUACGUCAAGAUGCAGUUCCCCGCCAUGCUCAACGACCGCACCGGAUUUCGUGGUUUCUUUUGGAAAGCAGCCAGAAUAGGUGAGCGGUUGAGCCCAUGGGUAGCAUUCGGGUGCUUUGCUAUGGGGAUAUCGACCAUCUUCUUCUGAAGAACCGAGCUGGCAUCUAGGUUGCUGAGUUAUAUAUGAAGGAUCUACGCUGCAUUUCUGUUCAUAUCUUAGGAUUAGAGCCCCUGAUAUGAUAUGUUGGGAUGGAGAGGGGUACUCGUGGCAAAAGCUGCAUGCUUGCUAGGGAUUGCACUCAGGUCGGUAUGUCGAAAAGAUAGAUAUGAACUGUGAUUGUACUGUUGUAUGAUAAGUGUUAAGCUAAUACUACUUGCAAAUUGUUAGUAUCGAACUGAUGGUGGAUUAUGUUGAUAUGGAAUGUUCUUUUGACCCUGUAAAACCAAUUUGCGAGUUU